AUGACUUGGGGACUACUGUUGUAUGCGGGGUUCGUGGUUGUCGUGGUUAUUCUGCCUUGGGAGGGAGGUGGUUUCCCACCGUUGUACAAUUUCAUCAAUUUGGUUGUGUUUAAUUGCCUCGCUUUUCUUGCCGCCGCGUCCCACGCAAGAGCAAUGCUCACAGAUCCAGGAGCAGUUCCAAAAGGUAACGCCACCCGUGAAAUGAUGCAGAAAAUGGGUUUCGAGGAAGGCGAGGUCGUUUUCAAGUGUCCCAAGUGUUGCUCUAUCAAGCCGGAACGAGCUCAUCAUUGUUCCAUAUGUCAGAGAUGCAUUAAAAAGAUGGAUCAUCAUUGCCCGUGGGUGAAUAACUGUGUCGGUGAAAAGAACCAGAAAUAUUUCGUUCUGUUCACGUUUUACAUUGCUGUGAUAUCUGUCCAUGCCCUGUUCCUUUGUGUGAAUCAUUUUAUCUAUUGCGUGAACGAAGAGUGGCGCGGGGCGGUUUGCAGUAAAUACUCCCCUCCAGCAUCGGUGAUCUUCAUGCUGUUUUUGCUUAUUGAAGGCCUAUUGUUCGCGAUUUUCACUGCGAUUAUGUUUGGUUCGCAAAUCAGCGCAAUAUGGAAUGAUGAAACUGGAAUCGAAGCAUUAAAAAAAGAGUAUGGGAGUUGGACUCGUCAGGCGAAGUGGAAGAGUGUUCAGGCUGUAUUCGGUGAGAAGUUCGGGCUUUCUUGGUUCUCCCCCUUCUCAUCUGUUCAAGAAGUUUUCAGAAAAUCGCGGUACUACUCAGUUUGAUGGACGAUUGUUCAGGAAUGGUAGCUAUGCUUUUAGUUUUUUUUUCAAUCGGGCUUUGUAACCGAACUAACGCAAAAGCAUUUAGGUGUGCCACUCCAAUUCGUCGAAAGCAAUCUUGUAUCCCCGGUUGAAUAUCCGUUGGUUGACGAAAUUUGUGAUUUCUGACUUUGCUGUUAUCCUGCUCUGGAAAUUGUUGACCCUGACUCUGUGGUGUGAGGAUGUUAGUGUAGGGAACGUCCUGCAAAUUUUACCAGGAUAUCGUGUAUGUAACGAUCUCGAACCAUUGGGUUUGCGCACGAAAUUUUGUCCAGCGCACCUUUGAAAAGUCUAUAUGAUGCCUUGAAAAUCCAUCAGGGGAUCAAGAGGUGGAUUGUUUUUUUUUCUGCCAACGCAAUUUGGUGAUAUAUAUGUAUAUUUUGAGCACGAUUCGUAAUGAAUCUUUUGCCACAUG